AUGGUGGGGUUGAAAGUUGAAAAGACGAGAGAUCAGCGGAGCCGCGAGCUAAACCCAAAGAAGGGAGCUUUCUGGGGCGAGGCAUCCACGACUCCGACUGGAGUAACCAGACAACCCCGACAGCUGGCACUGCCCACCUACGAGAAACCCACAAACAAGGGCCAUGGACGACUCAUCAUGAAUCCUGUCCGAUCUACAACAUCCCCCGGGCGUUCUACUCGCCCACCCGCCCCCGUAUACCGUCACCCACCACCCCAGUCACGACGACCACCUUCGGACGACGAAGACGACGACGAGGACUCUGAUGACGACGAAUUGGGCCGCCCCGGAUCCUCCGGCAGCGAUGCUUCUUCAAACAUAACCACCGUCUCCGUCGCGCCCAUCACCCCGAUAAAUACACAUCCCCCCACCGCUGGCUACUUCUCCCCCCAGAUGCGAUCCGCCUCGGCCACCACCUCGCCUCAGCACGCAGCUCGCGCCAUGCCACAAGACACUUCAGGCGGCCGUCGGCCAUCUGGCCGGGGCCCGUCAAUUGAACUGCCCCGUCAUCGAUCAAGACACCAUUCACAGGGCUUCUUCGAGCCCUCCUUGCCCACCGCUUCCUCGGACCAGCUACCGCCCGUUUCAGCCUCCCGGAUCGCCGCCCAGGCGGCCAUGCAACAGAUGAAACGAACGCAAAAUGUAGUCAACACGUUUGACGAUAACGCAUCUCGAGUAUCCCGGCGCAGUGGAAGUGCCUCUCCGCCUCUCAUGCCACCCCCACUACGAAUCAACCAACCGUCCCCAUCUCUCCCACCCCCAACAGCGCCCAAUGCAGCCACGACGGCAGCGAAUGUGGUGUUCCCGCGGGCCGGGGCCCCAGCGUUAGACAUCCAAAUACCGGAGAAGCAGAAAAAGAAAAAGCUCUUCUCAAAACCGAAGCACAUUGGUAUCAGUCGAGACAAGGACAGUCGGGAUCGCGGGUUGCCAUCCCCCAGCAAGCUCCCAGGCUUAUCGCGCAUAGUCAGCGCGUCAACCACCAGUCUGGCCGACCUUCCUUCGAACAAUUCCUCCAUGUACAAUCUCUCCAAUGCCUCCGUUAGCACAGUCGUUCCUGCCGAUCGACCGCCCGCGCCGCCCGAGAAGGAGAAGGAUAAGGAUAAGCAUAAGCACCAUUUCCUGUCUCGGCAGAAGCUUAAGCUUAAAGACCGAGAUGAUCAUUUUCACCAUACUCUGCAGCUGUCUUCGGCAUCGAGCAAUUCACGACCGGCCGAUCCCAAUGCCCCGCAGUCUUUAUAUUCAUUCACCAGCCCUGCUUCCCCGGCACCGGGUGCUACCUUUGGCAAAUCGGUUAGUGGACUGGAUCUACUACAUGGUGGACGGGCUCUUCGCGAGAAGAAGAAGGAAGAGAAAGCGCUCGCCGAGUCCGAGACUAUGGAAUGGCUUGCCAAUUCUACGAGUGGAGCAACGACUCCUGGUGGAUUUGCAGGCCCGUCCUCGCUCAAUAGUUCGUCUGGCGUGCUAGGCGAGGCUGUACUACGAGAGGCGUUGUCAGGAUUCGGAUUGAAUAAUAUGACACCCGAAGACGCUUGGGACUUUCUCAAAGCCAAGUUGCUUGUCAUUUUUGACGGCGAGGAUGUGCGAAUCGCCAUUGAAGAUCUGAACAAGCUGUUGCUGAUCCAUUUGCAACGCUGCGUGCAUAAACGGGCUCCUACUUCGGUAAUUACGGAACUUCAGGAAUUACUCGACGGGGGCUUUGCAACGCUAAACGCCAGCUCGCUGGUCGGUAUUCCAGACGAGAAACUCGUGCCUCACCUUGUUCAAAUCUGGCUAUUGGUGUUUGGCACGAUUCUUCCAUUCAUCCAGGCCGUCUUCCUACCGCUGGACCUCGAGUUCAGGGGUCUUGGAACGUUGAUGACUAGCCGUGAAGCUCGCGAGUUCUGGGGUGUCCUUCCAGCCGGCGGGUCCCUCGACGUGCGGAAUCUAGUCCUGAUUGCCUUCCGAGACCGCAUCAUCUUGAACCGCUACGAAACACUCAAAGCAACAUUCUCCCGUCUCAGCCUAGACAGCAUCAACUCUGGCUUCCCAAUGUUGAGUGUCACCGCUAAAAGCACCGGAGUCGGCGGCCGCCCUGGCACAGCUGCCUCUCUUGAUGCAGGACUAGGCAGUUACAACUCCCAAUCGUCCACCUUGCUCAGCACCGGCAUAGCAGACAGCUACUCCUCAGACUCAAUGAGUGCACUAGCCCGCCCACCAAGCAGCGACUCCCGCAGCCGCGCCGCAUCAAACACCUCCUCAAACCCAGACCCCCUCAUCUUCUCCUCCAUCUCCCCACAAAUCUCCAACCAACGUCCAACAAUCAUCCACCGCGGCACAUCCGCCGACUCUUCACACGUCAUCACCGAAACAGUCGGCCGCAUGCUCCAAUGCGUCAGCGUCCUCGCCAGCGUCCAAACAGACGACCCCGCCCAAGAAAAAAUCGAAAUUCUCAGCAAAGCUCUCAAACACAAUUGGCUCGGCCGUGGGCGUACAGGUCGGGACCGUCGUGGUUUUGUCGGGGCGAAAAUCCGUCCUGUCAUGGUUGGCGGAACGCCUAGUCUGGAUGAUACCGAGUCUUUCACGACGGCUGGGAUUAGUAUCGGGGCGAGUACGAGUACGAGUGGUUCGAGGGCGAGGGGGGAUUCUUCUUCGUCUGAGUGGAGUGGGCAGGGUGCUGGUGUGGGGAUGAGUAUGCGGAGUGGAGGGCGGCGUGAGUUGAGUGUUGUUUGA